GCAUGAUUGAUUGACUGCCUAGAAAAACCUAACCAAAGUCUCUUCGCCCUGGUCUAGUUUGCCUGCUGUUGUACACCAAUGGGUAUGUCGCCUGAUGCUGAUUAUGAUAUCCGUCGUGCUGUGGGAAUGGGGAAUUGGGGGUGGUGAUGUACAUGGGGAGUGUGUAUCUUAUCUGCGGGGAUUGGAAUUGGCUUGGAUCCUUGGGGGAUGUAGGUCCUGCAGAAGGUUGGUGGUGGAUAGGAAAAGCCUACCGGGUGGUAGGGGAGAAUGUGGUCCGAGGAAAGUGAGGAACCACGGAUCUUUCUAGCAUGCCAGCAGGAUCGGAUUGAGAGAGACAUGGAUGACUGGGAGAAAGAAAGGGAAGACUGCAUGGGAAGAGUAUCUCAUGUAGCAUGUAAGGCUGC